GCACAGCAGACCCAAGACGCAAUCGCUACAAACUAUUUUUAGAAUGUACAUUAAUUCUUACCUCCGUGGUUCCGCCCGAGUUACCGAUAGAACUCUCACUUGCUGUCAAUUCAUCUUUACUGGCGCUUUCAAAGUUAGGUAAGAAAUAUUUAUUCUUAGAGCAUUAAUGAAGGCCAAACUCGUGUAUAAAACAGUAAAUCAAUAGAGCAUUAAUGAAGGCCAAACUCAUGUACAAAACAGUAAAUCAAUUAAGUCCACAAAGACUGUGUAACAUUUUCCAAUUUUCCAACACUGUUAAUAUAUUUAAAAAUGGUAGAAGCGUAACCAGGAUUAUUCAUAUUAAUAGUUUGGACGUUCUCUGGUUUAUAAACCAGAGAACGUCCAAACUAUUAAUACUGUUAAUAUAGUUAUAAUUUAAGAGGUUCUUCAACUGGGCUUUUUAUUCCAAGGCCCAGGACAGAAUUUUUUAAAAAAAGUUUCAGUUACAGUGGGGCUAAAUUAUGGACAAGAAUACCAGAAAAUAUUCGAAAUUCGAUAUCUUACAACUCGUUUUGUAAAAACCUUUUCUCCUUGGCCUCCCAAUUAUUAAGUUAAGUAGUUCAGUUAAGUUAAGUGAAUAUUUAAUAGCAUUUGUAUAAUACUCGACGUCUCAGCGCGAAAAGCUUGAUGGAAUGCAUACAAUAUGUAAUGGACUUGCUAUUCCCUAAUGAACAAAAUUUUGAUCUAGACAAGUCUAGACAAAUAUUUCAUCACAGCUUGAAAGAGCAUCACAAAAGUAGUGAUAUUCCGAAGUUUCGUUGCGAAAUGUUGUAAAAUGCGGAUAAUAUAGCCCUGCGAAGUUUACCGUUUUUCAGUCAUUUUGUAUUACGCACGGAAUAUUGUUAUUACCUUUUUCAGAAAGCGGUAUCAAUUUCCCGUGCGUAAUACAAAAUGACUGAAAAACGGCAAACUUCGCAGGGCUAUAUUAUCCGCAAUGCGGAUAAUAUAGCCCUGCGAAGUUUGCCGUUUGUCAGUCAUUUUGUAAAUGCGGAUAAUAUAGCCCUGCGAAGUUUGCCGUUUUUCAGUCAUUUUGUAUUACGCACGGGAAAUUGAUACCGCUUUCUGAAAAAAAGGGGCUAGUUUCGCCCCUGGGUGUCGCCCCCCCUCCCCCCAAGUCUCGCGAAAGUGUUCAUUUCAAAACAUUUUAUUUUUCCUAAUUUUUUAGGAGUAUUUUGUACUGAACCUUUCCGCAUUCCAUUUGCUGGUAAAGUUGACAUAUGUUGCUUUGAUAAAACUGGAACGUUAACUAGUGACAAUCUCGUGGUUGAGGGCGUCGCAGGAUUAAGGUUGGUUCUCGUUAAUGUUUAUAGAGCAAUUUUAACCGAGCCAAAAAUUACCAAUUACUCAGGCCUAUUGUUUGAACUAAAAGUUACGAACAUAAAUUUAGAAAUGAGUAAAGCCAUUUUUCCACUUCAAGCGUACCGUACCGAAACGUAUCAAAAACGUUUUUAAAUUUCAAAAUUUAGUGAAUGCUGAUUGGUUAAUACUUCUGUAGUACGCCAAAAAGUUGACUCGCGACGAGCUUUUUAUUUUGAUACACGAAUACACCCGGAAAUACGUGGAUUUAAGCCGGUUUUCCACUUCAAGCGUACCGUACCGAAACGUAUCAAAAACGUUUAUAAAUUUCAAAAUUUCGUGAAUGUUGAUUGGUUAGUACAGUCGAACUAUAUAUUAGUAAGCGGACACCUCUCUUAAGCGGACACCUCUUUUAAGCGGACACAUAUCUCAGGUCCCAUUCGGUUUCCUUAAUAAAAUACUAUUAUCAUAACCCCUAUUAAGCGGACACCCCUCUUUAACGGACGCGGACACCUUUCUGGAGGUCCCAAUGGGCAAAUCAACCUCUCUUAAGCGGACAGAUGACAGAUUGUCUGAUAAAAUGUAUUCAAUAUUCGACAGUAAAUAACAAUUGAGAUCAAUUUACAUGGCACAUUGACAGUGACACAUCAACUUGGCGCGAAGACAUCAGAGCCAAGAUUAUUGAGGAAGUGACGAAUGAGGACGGAGGACUGUGAGCCGCCAGCCAUGAUGAUACUCAAAUUACACACCGGGGCUUGCCGCUUGGGCGCACUUAAAGGCACUUUCAUUCAUUUCACACGUUUCUGCUCUGCCUUUGGUUCACGUAUUUACAAUCUUAUAAUCUUGUCACUAAAUUGUUGUUAUCUGGAAACGGUAUACAGUAAACUUUGCAUUGAUUUACCUGUUAAUUUGGGAGACUAACAUGAACUAAAUGUACUUAUUUCAAGCGCAAGCUCGCCCAAAUAUUUUUACAAUUGAGUUACGAAGUUGAUCAUCUACCCGUCGUAAAUACUGAGUUCUUAUGUAUGUGUGUAAUAUUUGUGUAAUGCUUUAAUUGCUUUAUUAUGAAUAUAUUAAAUAAUGACUGGUAAGAAUAUUUUUACCACAGACGAGCAAGUUCCCAUUGACAUGUUUUCCUUGACAAGUCUUAUUUGUUCUUUUGUAUGGCAAAAAUUGAUAAUUUUGACAAGGAGACUUGUUCAAAAGCUAGUCGUGCCAGUUUUAAAAAGGAAAUGUUCCUGGGAUCCCGAAUUUGGCUUUUUCAAGUCUUCCUGAAAAGCGCAGAAAACAGUGGAAAAUGUGACCGCACGUUACCCCAAAUUUGAACAUUAAACAACACUUCACAUGACAGAUAAGAAAUUAUAUGAUAUAAUUAUUCCUUAAGAUUCUUUCAUAAUGUAUAUAUGUGUAUAAAACGUUCGUCAAUCUUCUUGCCCAGAGAUUUAAUGUUCCUUAGCAUCCCGAUAUCGAUUCCACUUUUUUCAACGUCCAUUUCCGAUUAAUUACCGGCUCAUUCCUAAUUCUCCGAUCCUAGAAAUCGUUAUCGAUAUUUCAUGCUCAUAGCGAAACAUGUUCACUGCAGCGGAAAAUUCCAGUCAAAUGUAUAGGAAAAACAAAACAUUUAAUACGCCAUUACUCGUACCCUGAAUCUCCAGACUUCGUGAAAUUCGGUAUACACUAAUUUGAGCAUGAAAAUUUCAAGAUCUGUAGAUAGUGCAUGAGAUGAAAAACCGAUGACGUCAACUCGAAUCAGAAAAUUUCAAGAAUCAAAAUAACUCUUUUUAUUUCAGUGAAUCGCAAGAGGAAUGUUUUGAGCUAUCAGAUGUUCCUAAUGAGACACUACAAGUAUUAGCCUCCUGUCAUUCUCUGGCUUAUGUCGAUACUAACUUGGUUGGUGACCCAUUAGAGAUCGCCUGUCUCUCAGCUAUAGACUGGACACUCACAAAAGGUAAGGCAUGCACGGAUCUACUCCGGCCGGCCCAUUCCUGGUCAUCUAUUACGACUCACUCACCAACCGUACGUGAAUUGAUUUAUACUCAUCACACAAUUAUGCCUUUAUGAGGGUGAUAAUUUUAUUAAGGCAAAAAAUGAUAGAUAUGUCACUGAUACAAUUUUUGACUCGCGGAUUUUGCGAAGCAACAUAUGUGAGUCUUUGUGGGUACUUGAGUGUGGGUUGAGUGUGGGGCAGUUAAACAAUGGAAAAUGACCAGCCUGCUUUGUGCAUACUGUUUGCCUGUGAGGCCGGCCUUUCAGAUCCGGAAAUCGGGCUGGAGCACGCGUUCGUUCUGUUAAUUUGGCAAAAGAAGCACAACAAAUGGCAAAUUCGCACUGUGCCCAUUUGCAAAAACAACUGCAAGCUGCUCUAAUUCUUUCUGUCACUUUCAUUUGAUCUCAUCCGUGAGUCGGCCUCAAUGGCCUUUGAUUGUUGCUGAAAUCGCUUUUUGUCCUGCCAUUUUAAUAAGCUUUCAUUGGGAAAUGAUUAAUAUUAAUAAAUUCGGACCCUGAUAAAGUAUAUAAUGAUAUCGUACCUCAAGCGAUAAAACUGAUAUCGCCUCGCCCCUCGUAUGAUAACCUAUACAUAUAUUCCCGCAGGUGAUAUUGUAAUGCCGAAGAAAGGCAAGAAGCAGUCAUUACGUAUUCUACAUAGACAUCAUUUUGCCAGUUCAUUGAAACGUAUGUCCGCUGUCGUGUCAGUACAAAGUCCUGGUUCCUCUGCAUCAACCUAUAUAGCCACGGUGAAAGGAGCUCCAGAAACUCUACGGUCAAUG